AUGGCUGGCGCUGCUCCCCCAGUUCUAGAUUUCUCGCCAUUUUAUGGUAAUGACAAACAAGCGCUUGCGAAACUAGUUGAGGAGGUGCGCCAGUGUUGCCUACACAAUGGCUUCUUCCAGAUCGUUGGCCAUCGGGUCCCGGCCGAGCUACAACAAGCCGUUUUCACCCAGGUGAAGAAAUUCUUUGAUCUUCCUCUAGAGUCAAAAGAAAAGAUCUCCAGGGAAACAAAUUCCUGGUACCGCGGGUAUGAGAGAGUAGGGUCCCAAAUUUUCGAAGAUGGGACAGCCCCAGAUCUUAAAGAAGGACUAUAUCUUGGGGAGGACAUUCCCAAAGACCAUCCCUAUUUCAUUCACAAGAAGCUCAACAGCGGUCCCAACCUCUGGCCUGAGGAUUUGGAUGACGUGGAAGCGUUCAAGUCAAUUUCAAUGCAAUACUACUGGACAGUGCUAGAAUUGGCUAGAGACGUUUUGUCAGUUAUCGCUCAAACCUUGGGGCUUGAUGCCUCUUUCUUCAACGAGUUUACAAAGGAUGCAGUCGCCACAGUCAGAUGCCUACAUUAUCCUCCUCAGCCCAAGGACUCAGACGAGACAAUCUCGCGGGGAAUUGGAGCUCAUACCGAUUUUGGCGCCAUCACCUUGCUCAUGCAAGGUGAUGUGGACGGCCUUCAGGUCUACGACAAGACCACGAACGAGUGGUUUGACGUUGAACCUGUGAAAGGCGCCUAUGUUGUGAAUCUCGGCAACAUGUUCAUGCGAUGGUCAAAUGACACGUAUGUCUCUAAUCUCCACCGAGUCAUCAACAAGUCGGGAAAAGAGCGCUACUCGGUCCCCUUCUUCCUCAGUGGCAACCCGGACUACGUGAUCGAAUGCCUUCCGAAUUGUCGCAAGGAAAGUGAGGAUCCCAAAUACCCUCCCAUAACAGUUCAGGAGGCAGUGGGAGGCAACUACAACAAGACCUACGGCGCGGCAGACGAAUUUUACCGAAAGAAUGGUAUGAUAAAGCAAGCUCCAGUUAGCACUGCACAGGAAAUCACAGUCGAGUAA